AUGAACUACGAGGCAAAUGAAAAAUAUUUUAUUAUCGGAAUAUGUGGGGUAACAUGUGGCGGAAAAACCACUGUAGCAACGCAGUUACACAAAUCAAUUCCAAACAGCAAGCUGUUUACUGUAGAUGACUAUUUUCUUGACCCAAGUGAUACAAGACAUACCUGGAUACCUGAACUGAACCACAUUAACUUUGACAUUUUGUCCAGCUUGGAUUUGGAGCAAAUGCACAAAGAUGUACUAAGUUAUAUUGGCAACAGUAAAUCUUUGAAGAAUGGGGUGAAGAGAGAUUCACUAAAUAAAAUGAACAUGAAACAUGUUCAGACCUUCAUCCACAAGAGAGUGAGCGAAGUGAAGAUAAAGAUCAUCAUUGUGGAGGGUUUCUGCCUAUUUAAUUACAAACCACUGGAGGACCUGUGUGACGUGAAAUACUACUUUUUAUUGGACAAGGAAGAGUGUUUCAAAAGGCGGAUAAUGAGAGUGUAUGACCCCCCAGAUUGCCCCGGAUACUUUGAACAGUGUGUUUGGCCUGAACAUGAGAAGCAUCUUGCCGCAGUGAGGGAUGCUGUGAAAGAUGUGGUUUACCUUGAUCAAAAUAGCCAAAAUGUUGUGGAAAAGAUAUUUGCAGAUAUUGCAAGUUAUUUAUAG